GUAGCCAGCAAGUGUCCUGAGUUGUACAGUUUUUUAGAGAAGACAAGAAAAAUGAGUUCUGUGAGUUCUCAGUGGGAGAACAUUGAGUUCAGGUCUAGUCCACAGCCUGAGGCUCUCUGCUUGUAGUCCUUGACAUGAACAAUAAAUUUGAACACCACUAUUGUAACUUUAUGAAGCCUUUACCAAAGAAGGAGUGGGAAAAGGUGCCCUCCUUAUUUUUAUUCAUAUUUUAUCUCAACUCUGAAACCCUGGGGUCUCGAUUCCUAAGCCUUUGUCAAACUUCCUUUGUGGCUAUCUAGUGCUUCACUUGUCACAAAGUGAAGAAACUCUUGUAUAUAAUUCAGUCCAAUAUCAACAUUGGCUGUUGAUGUGACUCCAACACCUCAGUAAUUUCUGUAACCUCCAGUCUCCUUUGCUUGGAAAUGCGCAGUGCAGCCUCUGAUUGCGUUAACUUGCAUCUUAUUGUUGAAAUGAGAAGUUGGGUCAUGACCACUGUGGUGUACUCCUCAUCAUUUUGUCACUACUGGGCUCAUUAAUUGAGGCUCUACUGGUUGUCUUUGGGAUGUGGAUUCAUAGGGUGGUGCAGAAGUAGCUGGGGACUAAGGAACCAUGAAAAUAAAACUGAGAAGUGAAGAAUUCUCCCCAAAUUCGAGGACUCAAUAGAUAAAAACAUGAAAGAAAAGUUCAUACACAUGGAGAAUAGAUCCAGAAAUCCUAUAUUCUGUCUAAUGUGAAUUCCAGAGAGAGAGAAGAUGGGAUUUUCCCCCAUGUAAAUGGCAGUGAGGGGAGAUUUUUGCUCUAAGCUUAAGAAGGGACUUCAAGAGAUGGGCAGUGAUAAGGGUGACUGGGUUUCUGGACUAAACUAGUAAAAAUGGGAAAACUUAAUCCUUUUUAUAUUUUAAGUUCAAUUUAUAAAUAUUGAGUCUUGCAAAUAUAAACACUCGAUUUUAAGGAGACUUUGAUGUUAGGGCACAAUUUUACAUUCAGAUAAUUAGAUUUCCCUUUAAACAUCUUAAACUCUAUUUAUGAAUUAAGUAUUUUUGAAAUUCUUCCAGAAGGAAACUUCAGUUAACUGACAAAUCUUUCCAAGUUGUUGCUAUUCUUGCAAAUCUAAUAUAUUAACCUUAAAAUAUGGAGAAACUAAGUGUUUGUUUUGUUUUUGUUUUUGUUUCUUUGAGUGGGGAGGGGAGAGGCAAAGGGAGAGGGAGAGAAUCCUAAGCAGGCUUCAUGCCCAGCACAGAGCCCGACACAGGGUUCAGUCUCACCACCCUGAGAACAUAACCUGAGCUGAAAUCAAGAGUUGGGGGCUCAACUGACGGAGCCACCCAGGUGCCCCAAUGUGUAAGUGUUCUUAAAUGUUCUGCUACAGUGAGUAAACUUACUGAAAUUUAAAUUUAAAAUCACAAGCCUAAAUCUGUUACUCAAUUAAACGUUUGUAAGUUAGACUUGCAAAACCAAUCAGCAGAGACACAAUUAUUUUCAAAAUUAUGAAUGCCUAUAGUGCUAAACGUGUAUAAUUUCUUUCUUAACACAAAAAUAUCAUUAUGAGUUUGAAUCUCUUCAACAUUACUUACUUCUUUUUUUAACCUUAAAACUUGCCUUUUUAUUUUAUUUAUUUUUUUCAAUCAUUCGAAGAUUUUAUUUGUCCAUUUUACAGGUGAGAAAACUGCGACACAAAGAGAUUAAAUAAAGCAGUCCAAGGUCAUUUAGGUAGGGAGUGGUGUGUCAGGAUUUGAAUCCAGGAAGUCUGACUUCAGAAUCUUCAUUCUUUUUUGUUAAUUAUUUUUUUUUAUUGGAGUUCAAUUUGCCAACAUAUAGCAUAUCACCCAGGGCUCAUCCCAUCAAGUGCCCCCCUUAGUGCCCGUCACCCAGUCACCCCAACCCCCUGCCCACCUCCCUUUCCACUACCCCUUGUACAUCACUUACUUCUAAGUCUUUCCAUGAUAACAUAGGCUUACUGUUAAGGAGGUGAUUUGUGUAUGACAGGCAUUGUGGGAAAUAUCUAGUCUGCCCCUUGAGCUCUUGGAUCCAGACACUGAAUGGAAUAGGAUUCUUGGCAGUGAUCCUAACGGCACAUGCUGAAUCCUGUUAUCUAUGGUCACUACAUCAGACUCUCCACUCGGGCUGUCUCCCAGCCUUUUAAAGCACAGGAAAGGCACCGUCCUGAGGGGGAGUCAUACUUCAAAUUACCUGUCUUUUCCACCUACUCAUGAAAAUCCACCACCCUCGCCCAGGCUGUCAUGUCACUUGUUGGAAUUUCAUUAUUCUUUAACUCUAAAGAUAUUUAAAUAUAUUUCCUUCUAAGUAUAAAGACUUCUGAACUUGAUGUUAUCCUACACUUUGAAAAAUAUAUUUCUUAUUGGGUAAGACUACUCAAUUUUUACAGAUAUUAAAGCGAUAGCCUAAUGAAUUCUAGGUCACUUUUCUUUGAAGUCAGUAAUUCAGCUAACAGCCGUGAGAUUAGAUGUCAGUGUUUCUUAGCCUACUGCUGCUGUAAGGCAGGGAGACUAUUGUUCAGUUGUGUGCGUGCGCUGUAGGAGGAAUUCCUAUGACUAAUGCAAAAUGUUAAAAUAGAGGUGAGAAAAACACCUCUUACCUCUCAUGAACUUGGGCAAUUCUGGCUGUUUUCAAAUGUCCUAAGGGAGGAUUAAGGACUUUAAGUAAGAAGCUUGGGUGGAAUCCAAAAUAAUCCCUUCUUGAUGAUUUGUGUCUGAAGCUAAAAUACAUACAGGUUCUAAAAUAUAUAGACAGAAGCUCACCCAAGUAAACAAGAGGCUUGGCAAUUAGAAUGGAACACUCUUCUCCGAGGAGAAACUGACCCCGGCACCUUUGCCUCUCAGAUCAGGUCCGAGGUAACUAGCAUUAUGCUCCAAUAAAAUCACUUCACCUGAGCAUAAUUCACCAUGCAGGAUGCUGUCGUACUGUCCAACAAAACCCUUGGACCAGUCAGGCUGACUUCUUUUCUGGUCCCCUAAAUAUGUGUAAUUUCUGUAUCUGGGUUGUAUUAACUACCCUGCCUCCCUGGCUCCUUGAAGCUUAUCUUCUGGAGAUUCUUUGAGGCUCAGUUCAAAGCUUUUUCUUUUCUACUGCUUCAUCCUACUCUUCCCCGCCUGCAAGCUCAUACAGCGCUAAGUCCAGAGUGGCAUCGGAUCAUGUUCCAGCCAAUUCUUCCUUCUUACUAUUUUAUAAUCCCCUAAAGACAGCGAUACUUUGCAUGUGUGUGUUUUACAGACUUGGACAUUUAUUAUUAUAAAAUCAACUGGUUUAAUAAAAAGCAUUAUGGUUAAAGAUAAUUUAAUGCAAAUGUAUGUUAAAAUGAAUGUAAAUUGUGAUUCUUUUUGACUGCAAACAAGUGGUUACCCAAAGAAGAAACAAGAUCUCCUUAAUGGUUAUAAUAAAAACCUAUCCCUGAGAAGUCAGAGAGCAUUACACAGAAGUAUUUAUAUUGUUCUUCUACUACAUCUCAUACUUGCUUUUAAAGAAUCAGAAUUUAAACAGAAUAUAAAAAAAUAAAUUAUAGUCAAAUAUACCUGUAUAAGAUUUUUAUUGAAGACAUGAUUAGCACUGUAUAAAUGCCUGAAUGUGAGACUACAAAUAAAGUAAAAUGUUGAAGGACUCUGUUUUCUCAAUUUUAGAAAAGGGGAAUUUUCUGAAGACAAGUGUUCAAAGUUAAAGUGCAAGGACUCCACUAAUUUCACAAACUGCUAUAAACAAAUUGUGAUGAAAUGAAAACCACUCUUUUUAAGGCAAACAUGCUUUCUAAUAUGAAAAGCACAAACUGGGCUUUCGGAAUCACAAAAAUUCUGAAACAGUAAGGAUAGCUUCUGAUUACACUUGGCUCGAGAAGAAAGAAGCUAGUUGUUUUUCAGCCAGUAGUGGAUUUGUGGUUUGGCUUUCCCAUGGCUUCCUGCCGUGCGUGUGACCUCAGGGUGCUGGUGGUCAUUGCAUGUGGACUGGUGACGAUCAUCAUUUUGGCCCUGGGCAUCUGGAUGACUGUGAUUACGGUCCAGAAAGGAUCAUUAACCUCCUCAUCAACCAUCCCUAUAGACUUCUGCAGGAAUGGUGGAACCUGGGAAAAUGGCAGAUGCGUUUGUCCAGACUUGUGGAAAGGACGGAGGUGUACCAUUGCUAAUUUCUGUGAAAACAGUACCUAUGAAAGUUUUACUUUUGACAGAAUUCCAGUGGGAAAAUAUGGAUCUUCUCAUCAAAGAUGUGAUAAGGACACAUUAAAUGCGGGCAAUCCAAUGGCAACGCGGCUGUGCAAUAUUACUAAGUAUGGAGUGAUAGUAUUACAAAACGUGACCAUAGGAAAUUGCAAUGAAAAUCUGGAAACCCUGGCAAAACAGAUAGACAACAUCUCAUCACAGUCUCUGAAUAUUUCCAAUGAAGCUCAGAUUUUAACAUCUGAUGUCAAGAGAAUAACUCCUGACAAUGUCACUUCUGCUACAAGAGUGGUUGGGCAGAUCUUCAACACAUCCAGAAAUGCUUCCUUUGAGGCGAAAGCUGUUGCUGUAGCCACAGUGAGUCAACUUCUAGAAGCCAAAGAAGAUGUUUUUCAAAGUGCUGCUGCUGCUACUGACUAUGAUGAUACCUUUGCAACGCUUAUUGAGCAAAUGGAAAUUUACUCCAUGUCUUUGGGUAACGAGUCAGUGGUGGAACCUAAUGUGGCAGUACAGUCUGUGGCUUUCUCUUCAGAAGGCACUGAACAGUCUAAAAAUGUUCGCUUCUCUGUUAAGAAAGGAACUAGUGAUUCUCUCACUUCUGGUUCCACAGUUGUGGAGACAAACGUGGACGCACUUAAUCCAGACCUGGAGACUGAGCUUCAAAUCUUGCUCCAUACCUCAAAAAGUGACGCAAAGUCAUGUGGCUUUGUAGUGUAUCAAAAGAACAAGCUUUUCCAAUCAAAAACUUUUAAAACUAAAUCAGAUUUUAGUCAAAAAAUUAUCUCAAGCAAAACUGAUAAAAAUGGAGAUCAGGGAACUUCUGUUAACAUCGUCUUUAAUCCAAGGUAUGACUCAAAAGAAUUCCAGCUCUAUUCCUAUGCCUGUGUCUACUGGAGUUUUUCAAAAAAGGAUUGGGACACGAAUGGAUGUCACAAAAUUAGGGCCACUGAUGGAUUAUUGUACUGCCACUGCAACCAUACUACUAAUUUUGCUGUAUUAAUGAGUUUUGAAAAGAAAUACAAAUAUCCUGAAUCACUAAACAUAUUAUCCAGCGUUGGAUGUGCGCUGUCCAUUACUGGUCUGGCUCUCACAAUUGUAUUUCAGAUUGUCACCAGGAACGUCAGAAAAACUUCAGUAACCUGGGUGUUGGUCAGUCUUUGCAUCUCAAUGUUGAUUUUUAACCUCCUCUUUGUGUUUGGAAUCGAAAACUCCAAUAAGAACUUAAAAAAAAAAGAUAAUAACACCAUUCAGAUGGACCCUGAUCAGAAUGAAAUGCUCACGCAAGAUAUUUAUGACGUCCGGAAUCCCACGUGCACUGUGGUUGCUGCCUUGCUGCACUAUUUCCUUUUGGUGACGUUUACCUGGACUGGACUGAGUGCUGCACAGCUCUAUUUCCUUCUCAUUAGGACCAUGAAGCCUCUUCCUCAAUAUUUCAUUCUGUUCAUCUCUUUAAUCGGAUGGGGAGUCCCGGCUGUAGUGGUGGCUAUGACACUGGGAAUUAUUUUUUCUCAGAAUGGUUCACAGUGGGAAUUAAACUACAGACAAGAGGAAAUCUGCUGGCUGGCAGUUUCAGGAAACAAUGGUCUUAUAACAAGUCCAUUGUUGUGGUCAUUCAUCAUACCUAUCACCAUUAUCCUCAUCAACAAUAUUGUUAUAUUUAUUAUCAUUAUAGUCAAAGUAAUAUGGAAGACUAACCUGAAUCUGACAAGCACAAAAAAGGUUUCAUCCCUAAAGAAGGUUCUUAGUACAUUAUCUAUUUCGGUUGUUUUUGGAAUUACCUGGAUUCUGGCAUACUUUAUGCUAAUUGGUAAAGAGGACGUCAGGAUUGUCUUCAACUACAUGUUUUGCCUUCUCAACACUACCCAGGGAUUGCAAAUUUUUAUCCUGUACACUGUCAGAACAAAAAUCUUCCAGAACAAAGCUUCCGAAGUGUUGAAGUCACUGUCACAAUCCACUGGGAGAGUGAAGCUGAAGCCAUCAGUGACCACAAUGAGGCUGCGUGUAAGGAUGUAUAACAUGCUCAGGUCACUUCCAACCUUAAGUGAACACUUUAGGCUGCUGGAGCCAUCUGUCAUCAUGGAGGAAACGACACUCUCUGAAAGUGACCAAGCAAACCCAAGCAUCUAGACCGUGAAACUACUGCCUUUGUGAUCCUCUUUUUAUACAAUUCAUGUUAAGUGUUGCUUAUUCUGUUUCUUUCCUUUAAUACUCGGUCCUCCCAGAGAGUCUCCUUCAAUAUAUUUUGCUCAAGGCUAAGACUCAGGUAAAACUUGUUUAUUAUCAUCAGGGGUAAUGGAUUUGGUAUUUUUUCUGUCAUUCAGUAGAUUCUUACCUACUGAAUGAGGUAAAGAAUUCCACCCAGCAUUCAGGAUAAUUCAAGAUUAUCAUUGUUACUUAUAUCAUAAAUGUGACAAACUUUGGUAAAAGAAAUUCUUUUACAAUUUACCAAAAAGGGCAUGAGGAGAAAAUAUUUACCUUCCGGAACAAAAUGACUCCUAGUGAA